AAUAUAUUUUGUUUUAGUCCCGUUUCCCUCCAUGGUUUCUCCUCUCCGCGGGUAACUUGGCGUUUGGCUCAGUUCAUUAUACAGUCCCAUAUUCUUCCUCCAUUAGGGCAUCUCUCUGCCUUUGGACUGAAUAUAAAUUACACCGACACACAAGAGAAAAGUUCAACUUUCGUAGGGCGAGAUGGACAUGAAAAAGAGGAUCCACUUGGAACUAAGAAACAGGACCCCAUCUGAUGUACGAGAACUUGUCCUGGAUAACUGCAGAUCAAAUGAAGGGAAAAUUGAAGGUCUCACAGCAGAAUUCGUCAAUCUGGAAUUCCUCAGUUUGAUAAACGUUGGCCUAAUCUCAGUCUCCAACCUUCCCAAACUUGGGAAACUCAAAAAGUUGGAACUCAGUGACAACAGAAUCUCUGGUGGCCUUGACGUGCUAGCAGAGAAACUCCCCAACCUCACACAUCUAAAUCUAAGCGGGAACAAACUGAAAGACAUCAGUACGUUGGAACCUUUGAAAAAGCUGGACAGCCUGAAGUCUCUGGACCUGUUCAACUGUGAGGUGACCAACCUGAAUGACUACAGGGAGAGUGUGUUCAAGCUGCUCCCUCAGCUCACCUACCUGGACGGGUACGACGUGGAGGACCGAGAGGCAUCCGACUCGGACGGAGAGGUCGACGGUGUGGACGAUGACGAGGAUGAGGAUGAGGAGGGAGAGGAGGAAGACUUUGAUGAGGAGGAUGAUGAUGAUGAAGAGGGGGUAGAAGGAGAGGAGGAAGAUGAGGUCAGCGCCGAUGAGGAGGAGGAAGACCUUGGCAUUGAUGGUGAAGUUGAAGAUGAGGAGGAUGAGGACGAGGAUGAAGAGGAAGUUGAGGCUGUCAAAGGCGAGAAGAGAAAGCGAGAACCCGAUGAUGAAGAUGACGAUGAUGAUGAUGACGAGGACGACGAUUAAGAGCAAAAAACAAGAGCCUGUCAAGUUACCAACCCGUUCCCUCUCCACCCUUACACCCUGCCUACGCCACGUCUCUCCCCCAGCUUUGAGUCC